GGUUUUGACAAUCAUACCAGAAAUUCUUGCGAUGCGUUCUGUAAGGGCUUUUCGUUAUAGGCAUAGACAUUCAAUCUUUGUCUUGCGGGAAGGGACAGCUUAGAAAAGAGAAUGUCUGGUUUCAGGAUUUUAAAACAAAUUCCACUCGCUUUUCCUGCUUUUUCUUUGGCAAGUCCGUCCACUCGUAAAAUCCUCUCGCUUUAAGGGCAGGAGGUCGUAGAUCAAACUCUUUCUUUUGUUCAAGCGUCUAUGGCUUUAGAGAAAUUCCUACUGUUGUUGCGGUUAGUGGCUUAGUGAUUCCAGCAGGAAAGUGACUUUUAAGCUCAGUUGACUUCUAGUUCCAUGCUCUAGGGCAAGCAGAUUGUAAGCGAAGCUUGAUCGGUAGGGCAAGUUGCCCAAAAAAAAAGGCAAGGAAAUUCUGUAAGUGAAAGAAGCCGAGUUGAACAGAAGAUAGAGCCGGCACUUGAACCAGUACGGGAGCUAGAGGAGAGAGAGUUUGAGCCUGCGACUUCAAUUUCUCUUUUUUUAUGGUGUCUAACGGUAGUAAGCAAGUAAAGCCAUGAAGACAGCAGUUACAGGCGAGGGAUAUCAUAUCAAAGAGAAUUCCUUUAACGGCUAGGGCCUCGUGAUAGAGUCUCUUUUCCGAUCCAGUUCCAGUCUUGACGGUCUUGGCAAUUGAACUUUUCAUUUCCAGCCUUAACCGUCUUGUCAAUUUAACUUUCCAUCUCGACUCACGACUACUUGAAAGUCAAGGGGAUAAAUCAAUCUUCCGAUUUGACCUGCGGAGGGCACCAAAUAAAUCAAAAUUACACAAAGAAGCUAUCGGUGUCACCUCCAGUGGUGUGAAACCCAUCUUCCCAGCAGUUGCAGCCAUGGCAUCAUCAUCCUUCUUCUGUUUCUCUCGAAUUCCAGCCUGUCUUUCUCUCACUACCCUAAAAAGGCGUUCUCUCUCCUCUCGCUGCUCUCUUUUCGUCCAACCUCCUGAUGUGGCUCAGUUAGCAGAGAGUGCUCGAAUUUCACUUACCUCAAAUGAGAUUGAAGAGUUUGGUCCCAAAAUCAAACAAGUCAUAGACUGGUUUGGACAACUUCAAGCAGCUAAUCUUGAAAGCAUUGAACCUGCACUUCGAGCCGACAAAUACCGGAGGAAGUGACAAUACACGAGCAGAUGAACCUGAAAUUUUUGGAAACAGAGAGGCAAUGAUCGCAGCAGUUCCAAGCUACAGCGAGCCAUUUAUCAAAGUUCCCAAAGUCUUGAACAAGGAAUAAUUUUUUAUAGGGUGCUCUCACCCCAAAAAUCUUAGGGCUUCAUGUAGACCUGUCAUUCUUUUGCUGAUUUUCUAAGAAAUUUUACAUUACCUGCAAAAUUGCCAAAGAAUUUGUACAGACGGAUUGAUGAAAGUUUAUUUCACCCAUGGGUACCUGAUGCGGGACUUUAUUCAUAUGAAUAACACCAUAAAAUAUGAUUAAAGUGACUUAGAAACCCAUAUUAAUGUCAUUAAACUUGAAAGGGC